AUGGUUUUACUUCCUCGCAUCGUAGCAGCGGUGGUCGUCGCAUAUUCCUGUCUGCAGCCAUCCUGUGCCUCUACAGUGACUGUCCGUCAGAAUGGUGUCAAGCUCAUGAUUGUAGGAGAUUCAAUUUCUCAUGGAGCUGAGGGCGACUAUACGUGGCGAUAUAGGCUCUGGCAAUGGCUGCGUGCAAACAAUGUCAACUUCAAUUUUGUUGGUCCCUGGCAAGGUACUUUCGAACCUGCGGAACCAGCUCCCCCUCAACCUCCUCUUCUCCAAGGGCAAGCAGAGCCAGUUACACCUGACCAUGUCAAGGGAGGGUACGCCCUGGACAUUGACCCUGCUUUCGACAAAGACCAUUUCUGUCACUCGGGUCGCCAAGCAGCUCAAGUGAAGAACACUAUUGCCGCACAAAUCGCAACUUAUCAACCUGACUAUGUGCUAAUUGAGCUCGGCUUCAAUGACUUAGGUUGGUGGGUUAGUGGACCAGACGGGCUGCUAGUGGAUAUGAAGACUUUGAUCGACAAUGCCCGGGGUGCAAAGAAUAAUAUCAAAUUUGCAAUUGCAAAUGUACCACAUCGCACGCGAAUCAACGGGCGCCAGGACUUAAUCGACAACACAAACAAUUACAAUGCUAAGCUGGCUUCAGCGAUACAAUCAUGGAGUACCUCAAACUCGCCGAUAAAGCUGGUAGGCUUUAAUGAGAAUUAUAAAUGUGGGCCUGAUAGUUGCCCAGCUGCAUUUGAUGGAUUGCAUCCAAACAGGCUCGGAGAAUACGAGAUUGCGCAAGCAUUCUCGCGCGUACUCAAUCGCGAUUACGGAUUUGGAUCAAGCGCCCUCGAUGUUCCCGCCAACAUUCCACCUGCAUCAUGUCCUCCGCCAACCAACGUCAAGGCUACAACAGCUCCGUACGGUGUCACUGUCACCUGGGACCACGUAUACGGCGCUCGUGGAUAUAAUAUCAAGAGCAAGAGAAGUAGUUUUGGGGACUGGUCCGAGACCUGGUAUGCCAUAUCAACGAACAGAUAUAAUCAGAUCUGGGUUCUCGAGGGAGAGACAUGGGAGUACCAGAUUCGGACCACCUGCGGAGACGCCUCAAAGUCUGAUUAUUCGGGUGUCGCCUCGGCAGUUGUACACCAAACCGUGGCACCUGGACCAAAGAACGUUGUUGUCAACCCGACCCAAGAUGGCUUUAGUGCCCGAUGGGACCCACCGGAUGGCGGCUUCAAUAUAAAGCUAUAUGAGGUGUUCACCUAUGACAUUGAUGGGGGUUGUGUUUUCCUCCUGUCGAGGGGUAUAAAGGGAAACUCAAUUACAGUAAACGGCCUUACGAAGGGACAUAGACAUGUCAUUGCAGUAAGCACCUGGACGGACCUGGGACCUGGAUUCCCAGCAGUACCCUUUCAAGUUAUUCCUGGCUCUGGAAUGCCAGGAACGCCCCACGACCUGAAAGUGGCAACCAAAGACGGUGCCACCGUCAUACUGAACUUUUCUGGCGGCGGGGGCGCCGCCGGUUACCAUGCAUGGACUCGAAACAUUAACAAUGCUUCUGACUUUUCGAAGGCAGACCUCACAACUGUCAACGAGCCUUGCAUAGGUAUCACCUUUCUUUUUCCAGGCGCUUGGAAUUAUGAGUUCUGCGUUACAGCGUUGAAUGGUACGUGA